UGGUGUCAUUUGGCCUUUAUCCUUGUAGUGGUCACUGCAGGAGCGAGGUUCACGAUGUCCUACUCCCUCCCCUGUCCUCCAUGCUCUUCCUCUACCCUGCGAUCACCCUCAGUUCAUGGUCUCUCUCUAGCAAUCAACUGCCGAUGCUUGCGAAUUUCGCCAUGUCAAACAUACUGAUCAUUUGCACUGUUUCGCGGGGGAGAAAUGCGUGCCCUACACUGAAAUGACCAGUGUGCAAAUUGUUUCCUGUUGCGUUCACUUCGUGUCUGUCUAAUGCGCCUCUAGUUUUCAACCUGCUCCCGUCUUUGCCAUUGUCAGUGCCCCCAUUAGUUUCUUUCUCUCUGUAUAGAUUGGAGAUUAGUGCAUGGGCGUUUGUUGGCCAAAGACGCUGGUUUCAAGAAAUGGGUUGUUCGACUCUGCAACUAAAACUAAACCAAGAAGAGCUAUGACUGCACGCGUAAGCAGUGGAAUGAACCCAGAAAUUGGUGAAAGGCUGUAUCUUGGGAUGGAUUUUGGUACUUCAGGAGCCAGAUUUGCUCUUAUAGACAAGCAAGGCAAUAUCCAUGCUGAAGGAAAAAGGGAGUAUCCUGAAUACAUGAGUGGAGACACAAGGGAUUGGGUUUCCUCAUGGAAAGUUACUCUUUUCUCUCUCCUGGAAGACAUUCCAGUUCAUCUACGUUCACUGAUUGCUUCUAUGUCGGUCGAUGGAACUUCUGCAACCACUAUGAUACUUGACAGGUCAAUCUUCAAGUCUGGAGAGACACUUGGAAGACCUUUCCUUUAUAAUGAAAGCUGUCCGGAUGCUUUACCAAUAGUGAAGUCCAUUGCUCCAGAAAACCACACAGUCUGCUCGGGUUCCUCUACUCUGUGCAAGCUAGUGUCAUGGUGGAACUCCAGCGAUACUGAUAAAGGAUCUGUGGUUCUAAUGCAUCAGGCAGAUUGGUUAUUGUGGCUUCUGCAUGGCAAGCUGGGAAUUUCCGACUAUAAUAAUGCAUUGAAAGUUGGUUAUGAUCCAGAACUUGAGUCCUAUCCUUCUUGGCUGCUGUCUCAGCCAUAUUCUAAUGCUCUUCCUUCUGUUAUAGCUCCAGGAAAACCAAUUGGUCAUUUGAAAGAGGACAUUACUCAAAAGCACGGUUUUUCAAAUGACUGCGUAGUGUGUACAGGGACUACUGAUAGUAUAGCUGCAUUUCUUGCUGCAAGGGCAACACAACCUGGAAAAGCUGUAACUUCAUUGGGUUCAACACUGGCUAUCAAAUUGUUGAGCACCCGGAGGAUUGAGGAUGCACGGUAUGGUGUUUAUAGCCAUCGCCUUGAUGAUAAAUGGCUUGUUGGAGGUGCUUCAAAUACUGGCGGAGCUGUUCUGAGGCAAAUCUUUACUGAUGAACAAUUAGAGAAAUUGAGUAAGCAGAUAGAUCCAUCGGAAGCAUCACCUUUAGAUUAUUACCCUCUUCAAACUGCUGGCGAAAGGUUUCCUGUUGCCGAUCCUAAUAUGAUGCCCAGGUUACUUCCACGCCCUGAAAGCGAUGUUCAAUACUUGCAUGGCAUUCUUGAAUCUAUUGCCCGUAUCGAGGGAAAGGCGUAUAGCUUGCUGAAGGGUAUGGGGGCGACUCCAGUGGAAGAAGUGUUCACAGCAGGAGGUGGCUCGAAAAAUGAGAAAUGGAUAAAGAUACGUGAGAGAGUGCUUGGCGUACCCGUGAGCCGGGCCAUCCAGACGGAGGCUGCGUACGGCGCUGCCUUAUUGGCUUUGAAGGGUAUGGAGGGAAACAUUUAGCCUAGUGUCAAAAAACUUGAAAUCACCUGUAAAGCUCGCUUUCGUGAGUGAAUUUGAUUGUUGCGGUUAGGACGUUGAAAGUUUGCAAAUAUCAUAGAGGCUUCAAAUACAGUACGAGUACUGAAAGGUAAAACGGUGGUGAUCCCAGGAUGUUGGCUUAUUCUCUAGAUUUCGUCUUCCACGGUGGAUGGACCGCAGUGUUUUUAGCCUUUGGUGUGUGAAAUGGAUGAGAAUGCAUUCAGAGCAGAUGGCAAAAGUUGAGGUGAAUUCCCCUUCACCGCGAAAGUCAAACUUGCCCUUUUCUGUGUCCCAAAUGCGAUUCUCACAUAGAGGUGAUUGGUUCCCCGUCUCGUCCGGUUCCACCCAAGAAUUAGGAACCAGACCGGGAGGGUUGGUUCUCAGUUUUUGGGAUUGUGAAUUGGACCGAACCAACUGGUCGGGUCCUCCAAUGACCAAAUCACUUGUUUUCAUUACAUUGAACAAAAAUAAUAUAUAUGUCCCCUAAUCUUGUUAUUU